AAUAAAUUAAAGCGCGUAAGCACGCUUUACAAAAGAAAACCGCGGUCACACUGAAGUCCUACCUCAGUCAGUCAUCAUACAUUUAUUCUUUCUCAACAAACACACACACACACAGCAUAAACACACAGUGCUCUUCUUACUACUACUACCACAUCAAGAUCCAAUUUUUUUCCUUUCUGAGAAACAACCCAUUUUGAGUUGCAUUUAGAUUAAUGUAGCAGAUUAGGAAAAAAGCAAUCUUGCCGUGAUUUUUCUUCAUUUUUUGAUUAGAAUUUCAUUUUACCCCCCGCCCCAAACAUUAUCCUAUUGAAGGCGUUUUUUUUUUCCUUCUUGGAUUUUCUUGCUUCAUUCGUUAAGCUGUUUCCGAUAUACAGAGAUUUGAGGGAUUUGAAAAACGAGAAUGGGGGUAAUGAAGUUGGUUUUGUUAGUGCUUUUAUCAGUGUUAUGCACCACAAGUGCAGAAGAUGCUUACCGGUUUUUUACUUGGAAUGUUAGUUAUGGUGACAUCUAUCCUCUUGGCGUAAAACAGCAGGUGCUUCUUCUUCUUUUUUUUUCAAUUGUUUUCUUUUUUUUUUUUUGUUCCCGUUUAUUUCGUUUUUGAUGUUAUUUCUUGAACCCCAUUAUCAAUAUUGAAGAGCUUUUCGUUUUUCUCUUUUGAUGUAUCCUAGUUUUGCGUUUUCAUGUGCAGGGGAUAUUGAUAAAUGGGCAGUUUCCGGGGCCAAGAAUUGAGUCAGUGACUAAUGAGAACCUGAUUAUCAGUGUUUUCAACAGCUUGGAUGAACCUUUUCUGUUGUCUUGGUUAGUGAUAUGAUCCCCUUCUUGUGCUUGAAUCUAGUUCUUUUUCCCAGAUUGUUUCUUUCAUUAGUUAUUAAGUUUGCAACAGCACAGAUUGAAUUUGAAAUGUAGUGAAUCUGGAUAGUUCAAUACUGUCGGUGCAAGUUCAAUGCAUGGAUGUACAGAACUGUACAUUUUUCCCCUGUUUAUUGGCUGUGGUUUUUAGUUCACAAAUCAGCUUUAUGAUUGGAAAGUGAAUAAAGAGGGAUGAAAUUUCUUUAUCAAAUGGAUGGAAGUCUGUCAGCUACUAAUAUGAUUUUAAUUGGCCCUGUAUUCUUUGCAUAGUACUUCAUUUGAAGUUGCGAAAAAUGGAUUAUGAAUGGGAUAGUUGGGCCUUUUGCCCCUGCAAUUUGAACAAUGUAUCAAACUCAUUUUUCAUUAUUCAAACUUCAAAGAGACUGUGAACUGGACAUUUGCUGGUUUUGGCUUUUAGUUUGUGAAACCAAUUAAGUGAUCGUUCCAUUCAAAAUACUGUUGGGAAGGUGUUAAUUCUACCUGGACUCUGCUGCGGGUUUUGUAUUUUGGGUUCCAACAGAAUUUGCGGCAAAAUUAGAGGAAACAGUGUCCUUAUCUUGUGCUUGAAGUCUGCCACCUAAAUUUAUGCUAUUUUGCAUUUCUUCCAACAGAGAGUGGUUGGAAAACUUUGAUAUUAAUGCUAAGUUUGAAAAUAAAACAAAAGACAGAUUGAUUGAAGUUGUUACCUGUCUUUAUCAAAGAGCAUGUCUCUUUGGAGCUUGGAACUUGGACAAUCUUUUUUGGGUUAUUUAAAUGUUUUCUUAAACUAGGGUGGAAAUGUUCAUGGUCAUGCUUCUAUUGAGAUUAAUUAUUUUACUUAGACCAAUAAAUUAAUUUCUUAAUAAGUAAGAGACCAAGUAUCUUGGAGUCUAGAUGCUGCUGAAGGACAAAAACCCCUCAAUCUUCACCUGAAGUCCCAACUUUUACCAAUUUUGUACUGUUUCUAUAACAUCUGAGACCUAAUGGAAGCAUGAAUCUAAUGUGUUAGUAUUAGGGAUAAAAGAGUUGAGAUAUAUGCAGUUGGUUCUCAUAAAAACAAAGAUGGUCUAUUGAUUGAUUCUAAACAGUCUUUCAUGCUAAGGGAUGGUGUGCAGCAAAGAAGGAAUUCGUGGCAAGAUGGAGUCUACGGGACCAAUUGUCCUAUCCCUCCAGGACAGAACUUUACAUACAUUCUUCAAGUCAAGGAUCAGAUUGGUAGUUUCUUCUACUUCCCUUCUCUUGCCUUCCACAAGGCUGCUGGAGGAUAUGGAGGCAUCACAGUAUUAAGCCGUUCCGUGAUUCCUGUUCCCUUCCCACCUCCUGCUGCUGAUUUCACCAUCUUGGUUGGUGAUUGGUUCAAGAAAAAUCACACAGAUCUAAAAGCAAUUUUAGAUGGUGGAAGUGACCUUCCUUUUCCCGAUGGCCUUGUGAUAAAUGGUCGCGGUUCUAAUGGUUUCACAUACACUGUUGAUCAAGGAAAGACGUAUAGGUUCAGAAUAUCAAAUGUUGGGGUGGCGACGUCCAUUAAUUUCAGAUUUCAGGGGCACAAGAUGCUGUUGGUUGAGGUUGAAGGAACCCACACAUUGCAAAAUACAUAUGAUUCCUUUGACCUCCACUUGGGGCAAUCUUGUUCUGUUUUGGUCACGGCUGAUCAACCUGCAUUUGACUACUCCAUCAUAUUUUCCACUCGCUUUACCUCUCAAGUGCUUUCAGCAACAUCAACUCUUCAUUACAGCAAUUCAGCAGGAAGUUUCUCUGGCCCUCUCCCCGGCGGGCCAACUGAGAUUGAAUGGUCACUCAAUCAGGCUCGAUCCAUCAGGCAAAACUUAACUGCAAGUGGACCAAGACCAAAUCCUCAAGGAUCUUACCAUUAUGGAAUGGUGAAUGCAACACGUACAAUUAGAUUGGCAAGCUCUGCUCCCAUCAUCAAUGGCAAGCAGAGGUAUGCAGUCAAUAGUGUGUCAUUUAUCCCAGCUGAUACACCUCUCAAGCUUGCAGACUACUACAACAUCCCUGGGGUGUUCACUCUUGGUAGUAUGCCUGAUAAUCCUACCGGUUCAGGUGGUUACCUCCAGACAGCAGUCAUGGCUGCUAACUUUAGAUCCUAUUUUGAGGUGGUUUUUGAGAACCCAGAAGACACGGUACAAUCUUGGCACGUUGAUGGCCACAUAUUGUUUAUCGUGGGGAUGGAUGGUGGGCAGUGGUCACCAGCUAGCAGAUUAUCUUACAACUUAAGAGAUGGAAUUUCUCGUUGCACUGUUCAGGUUUAUCCAAGGUCAUGGACUGCCCUUUUCAUGCCUUUGGACAAUGUCGGGAUGUGGAACAUUAGAUCCGAGAACUGGGCUCGACAAUACUUAGGUCAACAAUUCUAUCUCCGUGUUUAUUCGCCUGCAAACUCAUGGAGAGACGAGUUACCCAUUCCAAAGAAUGCUCUCCUGUGCGGGCGAGCAGCUGGGCGCCGAACACGGCCUUUCCACAAGUGAACGAUGCUCAUCUGACAAAACAUAGUCACGAAGGGGUGACUGGUUUUGUUGUUUUUAGCUACUACUACUAAAUUGAGAGACAAAAUGCUACUGCUAGAGCUCUGCUUGGGCUAUUCUUAUGUUCUAAUUUGUAUCUAUUGUUCUUGAGGAUCAUAUUCUUGCAUUUUUUUAACAAAUGGAAGCGGGAAAUUGAUAAUGCAGAUUGUUAUUUACAAGAAAAUCUUUAGCACAACUCGUAGAACAACAAACUUUGGUUUUUUUUUUUUGUUGGAUAAUGAGAACAACAAAC